AUAAUGUUGGUUGUGAUUUUGGUGCUCAAGCAACUUCAUCUUGUCACAAAUCUGCUGGUUCUCUAUCAACCACUGUGCUCGAAAACCAACAGGCUUUUUUCAAACAAGACAGACGUACGCGGCACAUGCAUUUUCAUACACUCACACGUAUAUGGUACUUCUUCCAUCUUGGUUUGGCUUUUGGUCUCAAUUUCUUCGUCUGACUCCAAAAAGUGAAUAAUUGAAGUUAAUUCGAAAAAUAUUCCUCUUACUAAAUUGAAUUUUACUACUGGUUUUUGCUAAAAGCUUGUCUGUUUUUCUUUCAUUGUGUUUCGAAAGAUAAGUCUACUUUCCCCUUUUUUUUGUUUUUAUUUCGGAUACCAUUAAUUGUUUGUUAAUUGAACCACUUCACUAAUUUCAUGUCAUCAAAAGACUCUUAAAAAGAGACAAAUAAAGGAGACAAAAAACAAAAAUGAACAGGAUAACAUACUAUUCUAUUUUCUUGCAAUGUUUGAUCAUAUUUUCUGCAAUACAUUGCUUUGGUGAUAUUGAUAUUCUAACACCAACUGCUGCACAGUCUUAUGAGGUGGAUGAAGAUGGUUAUACUCAAGUUAAAGUUACUUGGGAGGAAUCUGGUGAAUCUCCAUAUCUAUCAGAAUUUGAGUAUUACACCUUCUCUCUAUGCACUGGUCCAAACGAUGAUGUGGUUGCUUUGUCUGUAUUAGAUUAUUACAUCACUGUUUCUGGAACCUCUUAUACUGCUAAUAUUCCAAGUACGGUUGGAACUGAUGGAGCUUAUUUUAUUCAAGUCUAUGGUAUCUUAGCUGAUGAUAAUGGUUAUACAGUCCAUUAUUCGAAUCGAUUUACACUAACUGGUAUGAAUGGUACUACUGAAUCCAGUGGCUCUGUCGAUGAUACUGCACCUAGUCCUCUGAGUUCAACGUUAUCCAGUGUCAAAGGAACUAAAACCACAUCAUCGUCAUCAUCAUCACUUUCAUCAUCACUUUCAUCAUCAUUCACUGAUGACCCUCUAACGACAAUGAAUGCCACUGCUUCAUUGACAGUGCCAUAUCUUCUACAAACUGGUAGUUACAGAUUCGCCCCUAUGCAAACUCAACCUGGUUCUGUUGUCACUGCUUCAACCUGGUCAAGAAAAUUUCCAACUAGUGCUGUUUCUUAUUUUUCAACAAUUUACCCAUCUCCUUUGGUUUAUUCAACCAUAACGCCAGAUUGGUCUUACUCAAGAAACUCUUUUUAUAAUUAUGCAACUGCCCAACCUUAUCCAAGUGAAAAUGGUGGUUGGUAUGCAGCUGCUGAUAAAUUACAAAAACCUAUUAGAAUUUUCUCCACUGCAUCUUCUCAAAAUAAAAGAGACUGGUUAGAUGUUGAUGAAGAGUGAUUAUCCUUUUAUCCAAUUUUUUAUUGAGUUAGUUUUUGUUUGUUUGUGAUUAAUCAUUCUAUAUUACUAGACCUGCUGUUAUAUUUUUAUUUAUUCUAUAAAACCAUUUAUUAUUUACUGGUAUUAAUUCUCUAUUUGGUUUCCUUUUUAUUUACACUUAUUUUAAUCAUCGAUUUUCGAUUUUAUUUUUAUUUUCAUUUCCAAAUUUAUUUCCAACUUUAUUUCCAAAUUAUUUCCAAAUUAUUUCCAAAUUUAUUUCUACUUUUAAUUCUUAUUUUAAACUAAAUUUCUGUGUUUAUUUCAAUAACAACAACAAAUAUUCUGCAUUGAAUUAUAUACAUGUCUAUAUCUAUUCUGCACACUACAAUCAACCAACAAUAUAAUCAAAUUGUA